UCGUACUCACAUUUUCAUCGUCCCUUUCGGCCCCAGGUUCGUCUUGAGCACAUUUUGUAACCCUAUAGCAGCACUUGUAUUCACUUGCAGAGCCGCCGCGGCUCGAGCAAAUUCUGCUUUGGGAUUUAAAGUUUGAAUCGCUGCCAUAAUUUCUUUUCAAAAGUUGAAAAAUAUGAAAAAGAUUGUGGCUAUUUGGGGACGCUAGGAAGUUGACUAGGGUUAAAACGAACUAAUAGGGCUAGAAAUGGUACAUUCAAGAUCACUAUAUCCAUAUGUCUAUUCGAGUCUAUUUUGGUAAAUGAUGAUUUUGUUCGAUGCUUUUUAACAAGCGCUUUCUGCAUUAAAAUAUAACAUUCUUUUGUAAAAUGGACAAAGAAAUAAAUCAUGCAAAGAUAAAAUCUUGCAAUUUUAGGGGAAUUUAUAGGGAGGUUAUUUGCGGUCAGAAGUAAGUUUAUAUGAUCGAUAAUUUUGUCGCGCCGUUUCCAAGAAAAUGUCGACAAAGUGUCGCCACUUAUCGAACAAUGCUUUUGGAACACAGGUGCACGAAGUCCAAAUAUAUAAAGGAUCUUUUCAAAGUAUAAUGGAGUUUGUCUCUGUUAUCAACAUUUUGAGCUGUUUUUGUGCUCUCUCGAUACUAUUCCUUCUCGCUAAUGAAAUAACAGCAACAGGAGAAGUGGUGUUCGCUGUAAAUUGUGGAGGACCGGAUCACACUGACUUAAAUGGAGUCCAUUAUCAGGCUGAUAAACUGGGCACAGGAACUGCAUCUGACUUUGGCAAACAAUUAACUAUAGGUCGCGUGGCACCUCUCGAUCAGAUCUUAUACCAAACUGAACGUUAUCAUUUAUCAAACUUUGCAUAUGACAUUCCAAUCAAGGAAGAUGGUGAUUAUGUUUUGGUGCUGAAAUUUAGUGAAGUAUAUUUUCAAGGACCCAAGCUAAAGGUAUAAUUAUAAUUGACUUCAUCAGGGACGAUUUACUGGGGGGAGGGCUGUUCCCCAGGGGUGUUUGUAAUUGCAAACUGUUUGUAAUUGCAAAGACGCAAUUACAAAAACAAAAGAAAUAAAAUGGGACAUUUGUCAAGCAAGAGUAUACAGACCAGUCUCAUAGGUGCAUAGGGCUGAAUGCUUUGCUUUAUGGGGGGGGGGGGAGGGGAGGGAGCAGUUGAAAGUUUGCCCAAAUUUUAUAGAGGGUUGUGUUGAAAUAACCUGAAGUUAACAUAUUUUCUGGUAAACAUGCCUGCUUUUUUGGAUUUUUCUUAGGAUUUGCCUGAAUUUCCAUGAUUUUCUAAAGUGUCUUUUUUUAGGGGGGGAGGAGGUUAUCCCCCCUUUCUCAUACAUGGAAUUCAGAAUUUAAAUCUUCAUACUCAAAUUAGUCUACCAAAAAUUCCACAAUAUUUGGACGUUACUUUGUGUCAUUCCAGAAAAUAUCCAGAUCUCCCCUGGACUGGGGAAAUUGGAAUUAAAAAAGCCACAAAAGAAUGUUUUAAUAGAGUGUUGCAGAUGGUUUUGUCCAGGAUUGUGAACCCAACCCAUGCUUGUCAUCCUCUUAAAAUUUUCACGAAUGAAAAUUGUCCAACUAUGACUUUGCAAAUCAAUUUUUCUUCCAAAAUGCAUAUUUUGAAGUAUCAUCUCCUUUAGGUGUUUGAUGUGUAUGUGAACAACGUAUUAGCUGUAAAGCAGCUGGAUAUUUAUGACAAAGUGGGCAAAGGCAUUGCACAUGAUGAACAUGUACCAUUUACAAUUAAUAAAGGACAGAUUUUGGUUGAUACGCAACUCACUCGCUUUCCUGGAAAUUUACAUGUAGAAUUUGUCAAGGUAAGAUUAUUGUUCAUGUCACACUCAGCCCCAUUCAAUAUUUAUGAAUGAAGUUGGGCAAUUAUAGAACAGGGUCAGAUCUACCGUGGGGGUGCAGUGGUGAACACCCCCUUCCUCCCACCCCUAGAGACCAGUGCAGGGGUGAACACCCCACUCCCAAGUCCAAAUACCUUGUCUUGCCAAAAAUAAUUAUCUUUUUGUUGUUUGCUUUGUAGGGUUAUGACAACCCCAAGAUUAAUGCUCUUGUUGUUAUGAAAGGCAACUUGGAAGGUUUGUCCAAUUUAUUUUGUGAUCUUAUUUGCUUGUUGCAUAAAUAUCAAGGAUACAUUUACUGUGUAGGGGCCGGGGGACAAUUACUUUAUCAAAUCCAGUUUUAGAUUUCAAGCUACGGGUAUAGGCCCCUCAACCCUCCCUGUUCUGGGAUCUAUGCAUGGAUAUUGUUUAAGGCUUUCUAUUGAAGUUGAAAUGAGGUAAUAUGGUUAAAAACAACUUGGAAAAUCUUGGUUCUUACCAUUGUGUUUCUUUCUAGACGUACCUAAAUUGCCACCACUGCCGGGUGCCCAUGAAGAUGAGAACGACACUCCAGAUGACGAGGAGAACAAGGCGGAAGAUAAACCUGAGCGAACUAGGAAAACAUCUGGUCCUAAAGCUACAGAUCCUUACGCUUCUGAUGAAAGUAGUUUACUUCUCCCUGUUCUAAUUGCUUUGGGAGUUUUUAUUCCAACUUUAUUCUGUCUUUGUAAGUUGUAGAAAUUUUAGAUAGUGAAUACUUGUUGGAACGUUGUCGUCUUAGUUUGUUAGGUAACUUAUGCUUUAAAAAAGUUGAGUAGAACUGUAAACAGACGCUUUGCGCGAAUAAAAUUUGCAGUUGGAUUUUUUGGUGUGUAGAAAUUUGUUGAUUCGGCGCCUUAGACUUGUUUCAGAUGGUGUUCAAUGACAAAUUAGGUAGUACAGAAGAGUGACAUAAUGUACACUGUGCUCAAUAUAUCUGGAGCAAGAAUUCGAGUACAAAAAGUGAAGCCAGCUUAAGCCAGCUUUGUGUCAACCGCGCAGACAAAAUUAUUGCUGUGUAUGCAACGUUCACUGAUGUGGCUAAAUAAAAUAUGGUAAAAAUUUAUCCAAUUGUUUUAUAUAGCCCCGACCUCUAUUUAGCCCCUAAUUAGCCACUGGUUCAGAAUCAAUGGAAAAAAUAAGCCUCCAGGAGGUUAUAGAUUUUUAUAGAGGAAAUAUGCUAUUUCUGGUGAUGAAUUUAUAACUGUUUUGACACCCGUCGUAUCUUAUGAUCAUUGCCACUCGAUUUCAAGUCCGCACAAUUUGAUCAAUUUAUUCAGUCAGCUAAUUUAUCAUGAAUUAUUAACGAGAUUUGUUGAUCCUCUCCAACCAUAAGUCAGUUGGUUCAAUAUUCUGUAAAGCGAAGAUUCAAACCAGAGUCCAACAGUCUCUCAACAAAAAUGCCUUUGAUUGCUCGCACACAAGAACAUCCAAAUUUUAUAGAGAUAAAGAACUCUGUCCAAUUGUCUUCAUUAACUUCAGAGCAGUAUAAACAUAAUUUCAAUGAAAAAAUCAUUUAAACUAUCGUUCUUUGUCAUUGGAAAGCAAUGUACUGUUUAACGUUUGACUAUUAUUAUUUUUACUGAAACUUCUUGUUUGAUGAUGUACACUGUCUUCGUCCUUGUACGACGUCAUGAAUGUCUUCAUGAAUGCAACAACUUGGCGAACUAUUGUAAUAAACCAGACAAGCUGUACUGUCAACAAUCCGAAACAGCUGAUGUUACAAAGUAAUGGUAUUUUGAACGGAACUUGCCAUAUAUAGAGAUCCGAGUGUUUGGCGUAGCUGUAGUACAUGAACGGAAAGACGAAAAUUCGACCAAUGAAAAACGAGAUUGCUAAUAAAAAUCCAUUUACUUUGAAGAUGAUAUGCUUUUGCAUGUCCAGCUAAAAUAGAUAAAUA